AUGGGUUUCAUCCAAUCAAAGGCUGAUCCGUCAUUGUUUACUAAAGGUCGGGAAAAUAACUUCAUUGGCGUUCUUGUUUAUGUCGAUGACAUAUUGGUCAUAAGCCCCGACCUGUGUUUGAUCAAAGAUCUUAAAGUGUUUCUGGAAAAUGCUUUCAAAAUUAAAGAUCUAGGGACCCUUGGAUAUUUUCUUGGAAUCGAAGCACAGAUGAGUGAUUCAGGCUUGAACAUCUGCCAAAGGAAAUAUGCACUCGAUAUAUUAUCUGAAGCCGGCUUUCUUGAGUGUAAACCAGUCAACACUCCAAUGGUUCCAGGUUAUCAUCUUGCCCAUGGUGAUGGUAAUGUUCUUGAAGACGUCACUACUUAUAGAAGGCUCAUAGGCCGGCUGCUGUACCUCACAGCAACAAGACCGGACAUAUCUUAUGCUAUCCAACAACUUAGCCAAUUUGUCGAUGCUCCUACUGACAAACACCUCACUGCUGCUCAUAGGGUGCUUCGAUACAUCAAAGGCACGCCUGGGCAGGGACUGUUUUAUCCCAAAAACAACAGCUUGCAGCUGAGUGCCUUCUCGGACUCUGAUUGGGCAGCGUGUGUAGAAUCCCGGCGCUCCAUUACGGGUUAUUGUGUUUUUCUUGGAUCCGCUCUUAUAUCUUGGAAGUCCAAGAAACAGGCAACCGUAUCUAGAUCCUCGUCGGAAGCCGAGUACCGAGCUCUUGCAUCUUCAGUCUGUGAAGCACAGUGGAUCAUGUAUCUGUUAACAGACUUACAGUUAUCUUUGCCCAAGCCAGCCACUGUUUUCUGCGAUAAUAAGUCAGCGGUGGCCAUGGCUGAAAAUCAAGUUUUUCACGAACGUACAAAGCAUAUUGAGAUCGAUUGUCAUCUCGUUCGGGAAAAGGUGGCACAAGGAUUAAUCAAGCUCAUGUCAGUCUCAUCAUCUAACCAGAUCGCAGACGGUCUUACAAAGCCUCUACCUGGUGCCCCAUUCAAGCUUUUUUCAUCUAAGUUGGGCAUCCAAGACUUGCACGCGCCAACUUACGGGGGGGUGUUGGAAGAUAUCAAAAGUGCAGAAUAG